AUGAGCUCACAACUUGUUCGACUACUCCCAGGACAUUGCGGACGGCGUCGCUCGGUGUGGCCUCGAGGCUUCCAGGUCUCUGUCACUGUCAACCAGAACCAGCCAUGGCAUCCUCCGCGGCGUCAGGCGAGGAGCCGGUCCCUCUCCUCCCGGCCCUCCUCCUCUUCCGCCGCCUGGACGCCGACUUCGCCGCCGCGCUGCGCCAGCGCUUCCGCGUCCUCGACUUCUUCGCGUCGGGCGAGCCCCUCCCGGCUUUUCUCGCCGGCGCCGCGGCCUUGCCGGACCCGCCCCGCGCCGCGGUCGUCAUGGGAGGCGGCGCCGUCCGCGUGGACGCCGCGCUCCUCGACGCCGUCCCGUCCCUUGGCUUCGUCUUCAGCACCGGCGCGGGCGUCGACCACAUCGACCUCCGCGAGUGCGCGCGGCGCAGCGUCGCCGUUGCCAACUCCGGCACGGUCUACUCCGCCGACGUCGCCGACCACGCCGUCGGCAUGCUCAUCGACGUGCUGAGGCGCGUCUCGGCGGCCGAGCGCUUCGUCCGCAGCGGCCUCUGGCCGGCGCAGGGGGACUACCCCCUCGGCACCAAGCUAGGUGGCAAGCGUGUUGGCAUCAUUGGAUUAGGGAACAUCGGUUCCCUGAAUUCAAAGAGGCUUGAAGCAUUUGGCUGUAUCAUCCACUACAACUCCAGAAGAUCGAGGGAUUCAGUCCCCUACAAAUACUUCUUUAACGUUCACGAUCUCGCUUCAGAAUCAGAUGUGCUUGUUGUGGCAUGUGCAUUGAAUAAGGACACACGGCACAUUGUCAACAAGGAUGUUCUAGAGGCCCUGGGAAAGGAUGGGAUCAUCAUAAACAUCGGUCGUGGAGCAAACAUUGAUGAGGCAGAGUUGGUCAGGGCGCUGAAAGAGGGAAGGAUUGCAGGAGCUGGCCUUGAUGUCUUUGAGAAUGAACCCAAGGUGCCAGCAGAGCUCUUCUCCAUGGACAAUGUGGUAAUGACGUCCCAUGUUGCAGUUUUCACAUCAGAGUCCAGGUCUGACUUGCGUGACACCACAAUCGGUAACCUUGAAGCCUUCUUCUCCGGGAAGCCGUUGCUCACGCAGGUGCUUCCCUGGUAAGUAAGGUCACAUUGCAAGAAAUGAAAAAAGCAUACCCCAUGCGAGAGUGUUGUCUUCUUUGUGGUGACAGUUCUACUUGAAGGCAGUAAGGAUCCUAUAUAAUAAAGCAAAUUAUUUCACACAUCAUCUGUUCAUUACACGAAUUAUUUCUAGCUCAUAAAAUUCUUUUUGUUUCAAUUGUACUAACUUGAGCUUGGGUAACGUUGUAGAUUAAUAGUUUCCUUUUACAAAAAAGAAGAAAUUGUGGAUGUAAUAGGUAUCUUGGAAGGAAGAUGGCUCAGAAACAGCUCCAUUGCCUGUAGAUGCAGUCCAGUUAUAUAGGUGUUGAUCAAUAGUCAGAUCUGGAUAAUGAUCCAAGAACUCCUUUUCAAGGUAACUAAGAAUUCUGGAUGCAUGGUAUACUACUGGCAAGGGAGUGUAUGUCUCAGUUGAUGCGGAUUGCCUUGACCCGGCGUUUGCUCCAGAAUCGUAUCGCAGGUGCUGCCCUGAAAAGGCAGGUCGUAUCGCAAGUCAGUCGAUCAGUCCAACUAUUGGACGGGGAAUGCUUCAUUUUUCACCAUUAUAUUUAUUUUCUCCGAGCUAGAUGAUUACAGGUAGUUUAGUCACCAUUUGGGCUGUUGUAAAGUGUACUCUGAAAGUAUAUCUUUUCAUUUACAGUAAAAAAAAAGGUGCAUACAAAAGUUCCUUUUAAGAUGGAACCGAUACGCAUGCUGAAAAGCUGAAUAGUAGUACAAAGCUACUGCACUGCAUCUGAAAAAUGUAUCGCUUUACUACCUUGUCUCAUGAAGAUAUUCUGUAAAACACCACUCUAGUUAUAAUGACACGCUAAAGAGUGUGCUUUCCAUUUUAUAC